AUGAGUGAUAAACCUUUUGAAGAUAUCGACGUUGACGAUGAAAUGAAUGAAUUUGAUGACAAUGAAGAAGCUCCAGUAGACAACGAAGCAUUAUUUGCAAGAGCUGAGCAAGAAGGUGAAGAAGGCAAGACUAAGAUAGAGGAUGGAAGUAACAGGUUAUUUGAACUUCCUGAAUUUACACGUAAAGACAAGACACUUCAAGAAAUUCUAGAUCUUAUGGAAGACAACCCGCCUAUCAUUCCUGAUGCGGUGAUAGACUAUUACAUGACCAAGAAUGGAUUUGACUGUUCAGAUGUAAAAGUGAAAAGACUACUAGCUCUUGCUACACAGAAAUUCGUAAGCGAUAUUGCAGCUGAUGCAUAUGAAUAUUCCAGAAUAAGAUCAGCAAUUACAGUACAUAACUCGAAUAACGGACAGGCAAGGGCUAGACAACUAUUGAUCGGACAGCAAUUGACGCAGCAACAACAGCAGCAAAAUGAAAAGACAAACGCCAAUAAAGUGGUUCUUACUGUUAAUGACUUAAGUAGUGCUGUAGCGGAAUACGGUUUGAAUAUCAGUAGACCUGAUUUCUAUCGCUGA